GACUUGAAUAGGCGAACAUCAGCUACAAACCACUAAAUAAUACUCGACAUGGCAGCACUGAUCGCCCCCCAAGAGCCUAAAGUCUGGUUCGUCACCGGCGCAUCAUCUGGCUUCGGCCUCGAAGUCACCAAAGCUGCCCUCGCGCGCGGCGACCGCGUCUUCGCAACGCUCCGCACGCCCUCAGCUCUCGCGGACCUCCAAGCGCGCUACCCGCCCACCCAGCUCUGCGUGCACAUCCUCGACGUCACGCACGAGCCCGCGAUCGGCCCCGCGUUCGACGCGGCCAGGAGCGUCUUUGGGCGCGUCGACGUUGUGCUCAACAACGCGGGGAUAUGCGUCGUGUCCGAGGCGGAGGGCAUAUCGGAGGCGAUGGCGCGGAAGCAGUUCGAGGUAGUGUUCUGGGGUGCGUCGUACGUCACGCGGGAGGCGGUGCGGACGUUUAGAGAGCAGAAGCCGUCCGGGGGGAAGCUGUUGCAGGUUGCGUCGAGGACGAGCAUUGAGGCGACGGCGGGGGUUGCGCAUUAUGCUGCUGCGAAAUCAGCUCUUGAAGCACUGACGGAAGGCUACGCACAAGAGGUUGAUAAGGGAUGGAACAUCUGGUUCACAAUCCUCGAACCAGCGCUUUUCAAAACCGGCUCACCCGGCACAAACAUCCUCGAGCCCCCGCACCCCGCAUACAGCAACCUCGACCUGCCCGUGAGCAAGUUCCGGGCGGGAUACCCCAACGAGGGCAUCUUCACCGGCGACCCGCGCAAGUUCGCAAAAGUCGUGCUCGACCUCGCGGACGUCACCGACGAGCGCGAGUGGCCGUUCCGCGUGCCGCUGCACCGCGUCGCACUGGACGCGGCGAGACGCAAGGGCCAGAAGUGGCUGGAUGCGGCGGAGAGGGAGGGGUGGAGGUCGGAUGAUAUCUACAUUGACAAGGCGAGUGCUUAACGGGUAUGAUCAUGAGCGUGUAAUCCACCGUUGUACAUCAUCCUAUCGCACUCACUUUGUGUGCGUUGUUGCGUUCGACCUAGGGCAAGAACAGAUGCUACGCUCCUCAACCGAGCUUCAGAGUAGUGGGGAGCUGCCGAGGAACGAGGAUAGACAUCAGGGUCUACCACUCUGGAUACUAGGUUGCAUCUCGCACUACUUAGGUAUUGGCGCGCUGUGACGCUAUCUCAUCAGGAAGACCAGAACGACGUGGAGUCACCAACCCGUCAAGUGUAAUGACGAUAGUCAGGUAGGGGUGCGAACGCUUGGUAAGGUCCAGAAGGCUAGUCAUCUGGUACCAUGUGAAGACUAUCGCCUGAUGGUCAUAAAACCAUUUCCUUUCAUCUGUACAACACCAACAACAUGCAUGCGCGUCAGUCACUUUCUUGCGGAUGCCAGCUACGUCAAAACGGCUUUCGCUCUGCCAUGGCAAUGACUAGCUUUGUGAUUCACUCAACGGUGCGUGUUAAAUACUAAUCUCGUCAAUAAUUAUCGCGCUUGUUUCAAUAAUACAUGUGUUACAGGCUGUUAUACGCUUCGACUAGAGUUGCUGAUCGUCAUAUAUAGACUGCAUCGCGUCGUAAUGUCCGCUCCCAACGUUUAGCAGUUGUUGGGACCGCAGGAGCCCUGUCGCAAAAAGCGGUAGCUCUGGUCGUUCGAAUUCAACGUCUUGCAGAACCCAGUCGCCGUGAAGUCGAAUCCGACGUUCUGGCAUGUGCAUGUGCCGUCGCCCGACGUGAUCACAAGGCACCACUGGUUGUCGCCCGUCGUGCCGAGGCCGGUGUUGGGGAUGUAGACGGAGCCGCGACCGGCCUCACCGAGACAGCCGGUGUUGCGGAUGUCGACGCCCUCGCCGCCGUUCUUGGUGCAGCUUCCGUCUAGAAACGCAUGUUGGCGUAGAAGUCAGCCUUGGCGGGCAUGACGAGUCCGAGGGCGGCGACGAUAGCGAAGGCAGCAGUUCGGGUAACGUACAUGAUGAAGAUGCUGAGAUAGAGAGGUCGGUUGGUUUGGUGCGUUUAUGUGAGGUGAGCUGAGUGAAGAGAGAUGUUCUUGAUGCUGGUCCAUCGAGGAAGUCUGAGGGCUUUUUAUACCUUUUCUCCGUCGCAGCUUUCUACAAGGAGAUCGCACAAUGCACGCAUAACUAGGCGGUAUGCACGUCCAGGGCUCGACUUAUCCAGUAAUUCGUAAC